AUGUAUAUAAUGUUCAAUAAUAAUAAUAAUAAUAAUACAAAUACUAGUAGUAAUAGUCAGUUAAAUGAGAUUGCACAAAGACUAGAACAAAGAGAUGAAGAAAGAGAAGAAUUGAAAAGGAAAAAGAAACAAGAGAAUGAUAGGAAUCAAAUAGACCAAAAUACAACUAAAUCUCUCACCGAUACUUCAAAUGAUAUUAAUACUAUUAUUCAACUAUCCAAUGAAAAUACUCAAAUACAACAACAACAAUUAAAUGGUAUUAAUGAAUCGAUCAGUACAUUAAAGAAACUAUUCAAUGAAUCUAUAAUACUUUUAACACAAUAUGAUGUUAGAUUAAUUCAAGAUAGUAUAAACAAAAUAGAUUCAAAAUGUUUACAAGUUAAAAAUAAGAUUACUCCAAAAUCUAAAUUUUCAUUUGCAAAGAAAACUACUACUUGUAGUAUAUCUCCUUCACCUACUCCUAUUGUACAGAAACAACAACAACAACAACAACCAACUAAACCAAAUGAUACCAAUGAAACAAUCAUUAGUAAUUCGAGAAUAUUAAAUAUUAAAUCACAAACAUUGAAUUUCCAAUGUAAUCAAUCCAGUGGUGACAAUAAUAAUGAAUUAUCAAUUGCAAAAAUAACAGAUUCAACAUUAAUUAUCAACAAAAAAUUGGAUAACCAUGAAGACUCUGGUAAACAAGAAGAAGAAAUUACAUCAUUACAAAUAGAUCAAAUUAAAAAUAGUAAAAUCAUAAUCUAUGGAAUUGUAGAUGGAUCAGUAUUUAUCGAUCAUGCCAAUGAUAGUAUAUUUGUCAUUUCAUCACGUCAAAUUAGAAUUCAUAAUUGUCACAAUUGUCAAUUCUACAUUCACACCAAGAGUAAUCCAAUCAUUGAAACUUGUAAAUCUGUUUCAUUUGCUCCAUAUCCAUUCACAAAUAAUAAUAAUAAUAAUAACGACACCACGGCCAAUAAUGAUAAUUGGAAACAUGUAAAUGAUUUUGAUUGGUUACAAACUAAUAUACCAUCACCAAAUUGGAAUAUAAUUGAUCAAAAUAAUCGAAUAAACUUUGAAUAA